AUGGUCGCCUUCAUGCCGCUGUCAGAGGAGCGGUGCGAGGCCAUCGCCGGGCAGCUCGAGUCGUGCGACGACCUCGCGUGGCAGCUGGGAGCGAGCCUCGGUGGGCUGGGCGUGCCGGUGCUCAUGUACGGCGGGCGUGCGGGCCGUUCGUUGCUGGCGACCCGCCGAGGCACCUCCUUCUUCGCCUCGACCCGGCGGGCGGCGCCGCGGGAAGCUGCGGCGGAGCUGCCGUUCGACUUCGGGCCGGAGGAGCUGCCGCAGCGUAGUGGCGUGAGCAUCGUCGGCGCGAUGCCGUACGUCACAAACUACAACAUCCAAGUCGAGGCGGCGACGCUUGCCGACUGCCGCGUUGCUGCGGCCGCGGUGCGGGAGGAGUUUGGGGUGCAGGUGAUGGCGCUGCCGCACGAGGAGGGGACGCACGAGAUCGGGUGCAACCUGCAGGCGGCGCGAGGGCGCGACUCGCCGCCCACCCGCCUGGUGCUCGAGGCGGUGCGAGCGAGCCUGCCGCGGGGGGCGCAGGUGGCGAAGGAGUACGUCGUCGGACUGACGCCGGGCGAGGCGCUGGGCCGCUUCUGCGGAGAGACUGCCGCUCCGCAUCCCAACGCGCCGUGGCGGUACGACUGCUCGUUGGACUCGUAG